CAGUGAUCACCCACCGACGAAUACCUUCCCUUGCUAUGGAACUGGAAAGGCAGGGCCUUCUUUUCUCGGCAGCCCCCAAGGACCCCCUUGCUCCCCUCCUGCCUCUUCCCCUUUCCACGUUUCUCCCCCCGCCUUCCCUUGUCCUUUGUGCUUUCCCCUUUUGAGAAAAUGGUGGUCCGAGCUGUCGCUCUCAACCUAAUUUUUGCUUAGCGCCCCAAGGGACCUUACAUGAAACCCAUGUGGCUGGAGAAAGUCAUUUUGGCAGCUGACACAGGGAAUUGUGAUCAAGCCACAUAUUGACAGCCACACUUUCCCCCUCCCUGAGGUAUGAGGCUCUCCCCCCCCUUCCCCCCAGGAUUGCCAUGCACGGACAGGAUGGUCAUGCAAGGCUACGGUUGUCACGGAGAAGACGCCUCUGUUUACAUUCAUCUGUCACCCAAAGUCGCCCAUUGUCUCUGCUCUGGAUCAGACCUUUCCACAAUUGAACUGCAACGCCAUCUUAAAACCAACGCAGAACCAUACGAGAAUACAUUCUAUUCGAUACUGAUACCAGAAACGCCAUACGCAAUUUUAGCAGUUUCUUUUCUUCUUUACAUUGCCGUCCUCUACUCGUCUCUAGUACGCUUACCGUCGUCUCUCGGCCCAAUCCCCAUAUUUCUCAUUGUUUACUUCGCUGCCAAGUGGGCGCGCGGCAUCAAAGAUCCAGAGCAAGGCACUCCCUAUUUCCCUCCCACAGCUGCUCCCGCCCCGAACACCUUUUCGAUAUGGUAGGCUAGGGCCCGUUUCGCGCGCGGAUCAUUAAAUCUCUUGGAAAGUCGCAUGAAUUUUGACCUGAAGAACCCACAACAGGCAAUGCCCGCUGGCUACAAACCUUCCCCACUAGGGCCUCAUGGCUCUCCUCGCAGUUCUCCAUUCAGAAGACCAGAAUCUCCAGCAUCACCAUCAGCAGUCCGACAGACCUCAACGACUCAAGUGACCCAAGUGACGCCUUUCGGGUCGCCCACGAAGGCAUCCUACGCUACGAACAACGGCCGCUUCGGCAACCCAACCACCCCAACAGACACGGCCGAGAGCAAGACGCCGCGAGUACGGACACCAACCGCCGAAAGCACCACCAUGGCCUCGCCACAGCCUCUGCGGCCUGGUUUAAAGAAGACAAUGAGCCAUGGGAACGCCAUAUCGCAUCUACAACCUGCGCAAGUCAGACAGCUUCGAGAGGGUUUCGAGGUCUUGGAUCGCGACAGCGAUGGCGUCAUCAAUAGGGAAGAUGUAGCCGACAUGCUGAAUCAGUUGGGCCUGCCGUCCAAACCCUCCGAUGUGUCAAACUUCUUCCCGCCAUCAACACCUCAAACGAUGACAAUGGCUGCGUUCCUGAAUUCCCUUGCUACGAUGCUCGCCUCCUUGUCACCACAAUCCGAGUUACUGUCUGCUUUUUCAGCGUUCGACGACGAUGACAGCGGACAGAUCGACCUCGCGGAGCUGCGGGAUGCGCUUCUGCACACCGCGCCAGAGCCCGGCGAGCGACCGCUUACAGAGACCGAGGUUGAAAAGGUCAUCGAGGGAUUCACUGGCAGGCGAGCUUUCAACCGCAACAUGCAAGGCGGUUUAGGGAAUCGCCGUGAGGUGUUUAGAUACCAGGACUUUGUCAACUCCAUCAUGGGGAGCAAUACGACAUCCGAAGCUGCAUCGGCGGAGGGAUCCGAGGAUUGAGCUGAAUUCAGGCAAGGUACGCGGCGCAUUGGUGAAUCAAGGUAAUUGUUGGUGACGACAUGAGCGAGAGGCACGUGGGGACAAACCUCUCCGGGACGAAAGCACAAAUACAUGGGAACGAGGAUUGAUGAACGAAUUGGGACAUGACUGUACUUUAUUUGCAUCAAGCACAUAGGAGCACGGUAAUAACAGG